AUGAAUUUAUCUAACUCUCCUUGGUUGCAUAAUUUGAUUUAUACUACUUCUGAAGUGGGAAAAGCCAAAUGCCCAACUCCUUAUGAAAUCUCAAAUGUUUACUUAAAAGCUGAAUAUAAGGAAAUGUUAGAGUGGAUAAAUAGUAUGAAAAUAACUUGGCAAGAAAGACAAACAACAAUAAUGUGUGAUGGUUGGACAGACAGUAUCAACCAUACUCAUAUUAUGAAUUUCUUGGUAUAUUGUCAUAAAGGUACUGUAUUUUGGAAAUUUGUUGAUGCUUCUGAUGUUGAUAGUAGAAACACUGACUACUACUUUCAAUUAUUGGAUAAAGUUAUGGAAGAAGUGGGUGAAGAGUAUGUAGUUCAAGUGGUAACAGACAAUGAAGUCACAUUAAAAGCAGUUGGUCAAAAGCUUAUGGAGAAGAGGCCACAUUUAUACUUGUCUUCUUGUGCAACUCAUUGUUUAGAUCUUUGUUUGGAGGAUAUAGGAAAAAAUAAAAGCAUACAUAAUUUAUUAAGUGAAGCAAAAAUGGUGACAACCUUCAUCUAUAACCACACAUAUAUUGUGAGUCUCAUGAAAAAAUAUACAGGUGGUAGAGAUAUUGUUCGUCCUGGUGUUACCCGAUUUACAACACAAUUUCUACAACUUCAAGCAAUUGUGAGACAAAAGGAAGGUCUUGAAAACAUGUUCAAUUCCGAAGAAUUUACAAAAACAAAAUAUGGUAAAGAAAAGAAAGGACCGGGAUAUGAAGCAAGGAAAAUUGUUAUGAGUAGGGACUUUUGGAGUAAGGCUAAUGAUAUAAUGAAAGUAUUUGAGAAAAUUGUAAAAGUUUUUAGACUAGUUGAUGGUCAUGAGAAACCAACAAUGAGUUUCAUAUAUGAAGCCAUUGAUCGGGAAAAACAAGCAAUUCAACAAAAUUCUCGUUAUCAUUCCAAAUAUAAUGAUAUCAUUGAGAAGCGUUGGAAAUUCAUGCAUUCUGAUCUUCAUUCUGCUGAAACAUUUAAUGGAACAACUAAUGUAAUCAUGAAGAUAGAAAGAAACAUGGAUGAUCAAAUCAAAGCUUUAAACCAAUUAACACUUUUUAGAGAAAAGAGUGAAACUUUUGGUACACCUCUAGCUCAAAAAUCUUGGUUUAAAAUAGAUGCAUCCCAAUGGUGGGAAUACCAUGGUUCGUGUGCUCCUGAACUUCAACGUUUGGCUAUGAAAGUUGUUAGUCAAACAACCUCUGCCACAAACUAUGAUGAAAAUGUUGAUGAUAAUAGUGAAACUAAUGAAAGUGGUGGUGGUUUAAGUCCACCAAGCAGUAAUAGUGGUGAUGGGGGUGGUAAUGAAGUGGAUAAUGGACGUGAAGGUGGUGAUGAUGAAGGAGAAGAUGAUGAACUUGAUCCAUAUCAUGAAACACCACCAAAUUAUAGGCGUUAUAGGAACUUGACUGAUAUGGAUCGUUCUGACAACUUGUUAAUUGAGACAAGAGGAAAUGUGUCACAAUCUGGAAGAAAGAGGAAAAGGAAACAAAAUGUUCCACUUGAAGAUUCUUCCUCUUCUAGUAUUGCUCCUAGUUUUAGUGAUUUUGGGAUUGAUGAUUCAUCACAAAGUAGUCAACAAUCUUAUCCACCUGUUUAUCAAUAUUCAUAUUUCAACUCUUAUAACCAAUAUCCUAGUGAUCAAGCUCAUCCGAAAAUAAUUGAACGUCUGUCACAAGACAAAGAAAAUCAUAGCCAUGAUAACCCGACAUUUCCAAGUUCUAAUGUUAUUCUACCAAAGAGAUUCAAGAAACGUACUCUCUUAAAGGGGAAAUUACAAAAGCGACAUAAAAGUUGGGUAGAGAAGCAAUCUAUUGCAAAAAAAAAGAAGCUCCAACUAAAAGGUAAUCAUGAUAAAGAACUAACAAGUCAUAUGGCCGAGGAAGUAUCAUGUUCGACACCUCCAGCUUAUGAGCUCCGACAAACACAAGAUGUCCAAUUUAAUUUUACAACGCUUUUGAUGUUAAUAGAUCAUUAA